UCAACCAACCAAAGGAAAAGUCAUAUCAAACGCCCCGGUUCUACCUUUAGUUAACCCAAUAACACCUACUAUUCAAUCUCUCUCCUACGCAAAACCUUGUUUUCUUAACCUCUUUCAAAACUGCAUCUAAAUUUACAACUUUAAACAGGUCUGCACUACAUAUCCAAUCUGCAGAGAAAUCUUAUUAUUGAUUCAAACCCAAAAUACACAAUUUAUUCCGAUGUCAAGAUCUGUAGUUUUUAACAGCUUAAAUGGCUUCCAUGUCAAGCCCUGUCCUCACACAUUUCAAAGUUUCUCUUUCAACCCAACUCGUCGUUUUAUAAUCACCGUACACAAUUAUGGAAGCUCUUUUCCGGGUAACCGGAGUUCACAAAAUCUGAUGAGCAGCCUAAGAGCAGAACCCAUCAAACGAACAUCUAAGAUGGACUUUGCUGUUUUCGCCGGCGUUCAAGCUGGAGGUCCGGUACCCUCCGGACCUCCUCCUAAUUCUUGGAAAAAUUGGAUUUUGGGAAUAGUAAUGACAGUGAUUCUACCUUUGCUAAGUCAUAAAUGGGGGCCAUUGUUGAAACUGAAAGAUGGCAUUGAAACGGUAGUGGAGACAGCGGAAGAGAUAGCGGAAGCAGUAGAAAAGGUAGCGGAGGAAGUGGGGAAGGUGGCGGAAGAGAUUGCCGAUGACCUUCCUGAAAAUGGGAAACUCAGAAAUGCUUUGACUUUUAUUGAGAACGUGGCCAAAGAAACAGCUAGGGAUGCUCAACUAGCCGAUGAAUUCAUCGAAAAGGUCGAAGAAGUGCAGGAGAAGUUGGAGUCAUUUGUAGAAGAAGCCAUUGACGAAGCUAAACAAAAAUCCGAGGCCGAAGAAAAAUCCGUAGCUGAAGAACAAUCCGAAGCUGCAGAAAAAUCUGUAGCUGAAGAAAAAUCCGAAGCAGCAGAAAAAUCCGUAGCUGAAGAAAAAUCCGAAGCAGCAAAGGAUCAGAAGUAGAUACACAAUUUCAUUUCAGAGUAGGUCACUUUGAUCUGUAUGUGAACGGCAGAUUAGGAUGAGAUGUGAUAAAUCUAUUUCUAAAUCCAAGUGCUAAUUGCCACGCUAUAUGUGUAUACUUUUUCUUUUUCUUUUUUUCUUUUUUUUUUGGUACGUUGGAAAAGUUAAAACAAAACUAGACAGAAUUUGUAAAAGAGAUGCUGGCCGGCUAGAUCCACCUUGGGAAAGCUCCCUAUCUGAAAUCGAGCUAAUAUAUAUUUCGAU